CGGCGGCGUCGGUGGCGACGCGAACGAGAGAGAGGCCCGGGCGCGGGCGGUGGAGGAGGAGCCCGAGCCUCGGUUCUCUAACCAUGGCACAGGUAGAGAAACGAGGGGGUUUGCUCCGGAAAUCUUCAGCAUCCAAAAAGCCACUGAAGGAAAAAGUAGUGUUGAUGUAUGAUGAAAUCUUCACGGCAGAGGAUCCCAGUAAGUGCAGUCCUCGAUUUUGGGAGGAACUCUUUCUCAUGAAGGUGAAUUUAGAGUACCUAGAAAGCAAGCUGGAAUCUCUUGAUGGUGAAGAGUUAAUGAAGAUCAAGGACAAUAUUAAUUGCUUGUUUCAGCACUGUAUUCAGGCUCUGGGAGAAGAGCACCCAAUUCGAGUUGUCAAUGCAUUACAGACCUUAUGUGCACUUAUUCGAGGAGUCCAUCAAAAGAAUAAGUCUACCUCUGGGUUUGAUAUUAUCAACAUAUUGAUGGGCUUUGACAAGGCGGAGCUGUGCAUGAAGAAUUUGAUGGAGAGCUUGGACUCAUUGCUUUGCUCAGAAGGUUCUGAAAGUCUGAAGAGUUUAUGUUUGAAGCUUCUUCUUUGCUUAGUAACCGUGACAGAUAACAUCAGCCAGAACACUAUCCUGGAGUAUGUAAUGAUCAACAGCAUAUUCGAAGCAAUUUUACAAAUACUCUCCCACCCUCCAAGUCGCAGGGAGCAUGGGUAUGAUGCAGUUGUCCUCUUAGCAUUGCUGGUGAACUACAGAAAAUAUGAGUCUGUGAAUCCUUACAUUGUGAAACUAUCUAUUGUGGAUGAUGAGGCUACGCUCAAUGGAAUGGGGCUUGUGAUUGCUCAGGCUUUAUCUGAGUAUAAUAGGCAGUAUAAAGACAAAGAAGAAGAACAUCAGAGUGGAUUUUUCUCUGCUUUAACAAAUAUGGUGGGCAGCAUGUUCAUAGCAGAUGCUCAUGAGAAGAUCUCAGUACAAACCAAUGAGGCCAUCCUUCUGGCACUUUAUGAAGCUGUUCAUUUAAAUCGCAACUUCAUUACAGUGUUAGCCCAGAGUCAUCCAGAAAUGGGCUUGGUGACGACUCCUGUCAGUCCUGCUCCAGCAACCCCUGUCACACCACUUGGGACCACUCCGCCCUCUUCUGAUGUUAUAAGUUCUGUGGAACUCCCACUGGAUGCCGAUGUACAGACCAGUAAUCUCCUGAUAACUUUUCUAAAGUACAGCUCCAUCGUUAUGCAGGACACCAAAGAUGAGCACCGACUUCACAGUGGCAAGCUUUGUUUGAUUAUCCUUACGUGUAUUGCAGAGGACCAGUAUGCCAAUGCAUUUUUGCAUGACGACAACAUGAAUUUUCGAGUAAACUUGCAUAGAAUGCCCAUGAGACACAGGAAGAAGGCAGCAGACAAGAACCUGCCCUGCCGCCCACUAGUAUGUGCAGUAUUGGAUCUGAUGGUAGAGUUUAUUGUAACACACAUGAUGAAGGAGUUUCCUAUGGAUCUCUAUGUACGCUGCAUUCAGGUAGUACAUAAGCUGCUUUGCUAUCAGAAGAAGUGUAGAGUACGUCUGCAUUACACCUGGCGGGAACUCUGGUCAGCCUUGAUAAAUUUGCUGAAGUUUCUUAUGUCAAAUGAGACCAUCCUUUUGGCCAAGCACAACAUUUUUACCUUGGCCCUUAUGAUUGUGAACCUAUUUAAUAUGUUUAUCACUUAUGGGGACACCUUCCUGCCCACCCCCAGCAGCUAUGAUGAACUCUACUAUGAGAUUAUUCGAAUGCACCAGAGCUUUGACAACCUGUACUCCAUGGUCCUGAGGCUUUCUACCAAUGCAGGCCAGUGGAAAGAAGCAGCUAGCAAAGUGACCCAUGCACUGGUUAAUAUCAGAGCCAUCAUCAACCACUUUAAUCCCAAGAUUGAGUCCUAUGCUGCUGUGAAUCACAUAUCCCAGUUGUCAGAGGAGCAGGUGCUGGAGGUGGUUCGCGCCAACUAUGAUACCCUCACGCUGAAGCUGCAGGAUGGCCUGGACCAGUAUGAACGCUACUCGGAGCAGCAUAAGGAAACCGCCUUCUUCAAAGAGCUGGUCCGCUCUAUCAGCACCAACGUCAGGAGGAACCUGGCCUUCCACACACUCAGCCAGGAAGUGCUGCUCAAGGAGUUCUCCACUAUUUCCUGAGACCACGCAGCCUUCAGCAGCCACUGACUGUCCUUACCCACAAGGGGAGAGGGGCUGUCCCCCAGACUGGAGACCACACAGACACUGAGUCUCUCGGGAUGGCAGCAGAGCUGGUACA